AACUGCCCCUCGCGCCCCGGCGCCCCCCUCACCACCACCAUGUCCUCCAGCUCCGCACGCGUGCGCGCCGCCGACGCGCCGUCCUUCGUCGUGCUCAACGGCGCCUCGCGCCUGCUAUCGGGCCUGGCUUCGAAGGCGGUGACGAUCGUCACCUACGCGCUCGUGUUCGCGGCGGACUUUGUGCUCGCGCUGCUGAACUUGGUGCUGCCGGAGAAGAAGGAGGGGGAGGUGGGUCCCGGGCGCGGGGGCCUGUGGCCGGAGUACCGCGCCCCGGAUUUUGGGCAGGAGAAGCCGGACAGCAGGUGCUCGUGCCCCGCGCUCAACGCGCUCGCGAACCACGGCAUUCUGCCCCGCAGCGGGCGGCGCAUCCCGUUCCAGCAGCUGACGCGCGUCAUCCGGGAGACGUACAACUUCGGGCCGACGUUCUGCUUCUUCGUGCCGUGGUACGCGGCGGGGCUGCUGGGCCGGAGCUACUGGGCGGACUCGUUCGACCUCGCGGACCUGGACGUGCACAACGGGAUCGAGCACGACGCGAGCCUGACGCGCGACGACACGGCGCACGCGCGGGACCAGGGCGUGCCCGCGCCGCACCUCGUCGAGUUCCUGCUCGCGCACGCGAGCGGGCCGCCGCACGACGGCGCGCCGACGCUCACGGCCGCGGACCUGUCCGAGGUGUCGGGCAAGCGGCGCGUCAACGCGCGCGCGAAGAACGGGCAGUUCUCGCUCAGCGCGUUCCACAAGAUGUUCGGGUCGUCCAACUCCGCGACGCUGCUGACGAUCUUCGGCGGGUCGCUCCCCGACCUGCGCGCGCUGCUGCUGGAGGAGCGCCUCCCGCGCGGGUGGGCGCCGCGCUGCCGGCGCGCGCUCGGGCUGACGUUCGCCGAGUUCAACGCGACGGUGCUGCGCAUCGAGGCGGGCGUGCACGAGGAGCACGACGUGAUGAUGUGGCGCGUCGGGCGCCCGCGCGCGCUGGCGGAGAAGAUGGAGGAGUGGAUGGAGGGGAAGCUGGAUAGCGCGAUGGGGAUGGGCGCGGGGGAGGCGCUCAGGAGCGAUUCGGGGGUGUUUGUGGAGAGGAAGGAUGAGUAG